AUGACCUCGGCAAAGACCAAUGGAUUUGGGACAUUGACCAAACUCCCUCACAGACUCUCACAGACCUCUGCCAUGACAAAUGUGGUAGAACUCGUGAGCUAUGAAAUGGCAAAGCUCCCUUCAAUCUUCCAACGACGGCUAUGCAUAGCGGCUUGCUUAGGGAACUCUUUCCAAGAGCAAAUUCUCCAUACUGUGUUGGAAGAAAUGGACGAAAAAGAAGACAUGACAGCUGAUGAGACAGCAACUAAUGAUGCUGGAGAUGGCCAGCAGCUGUCUGUAGAAAACUGGCUGUCCUUUUCGGAAUCAUGUGGCUUCUUGGAAAAACAGACCCCAACUCCUGGGUCCAAAACAUUGUCUUAUCAAUGGAUUCAUGACUCUGUCAGAGAAGGGGCCUUGUCCCUGGUUCCACAAGAAGAAUUGAGUCAGCUGAAAGGACAACUUGGACGACAACUUUACAGGAGUCUUACUGGAGACCAAUUGGAAUCUGUUACUUUCGUUAUGGCAAACCUGCUUCAUGAUUCCCCCAACAGCAGUGAUGAGUCUGAGCGAAUUCUGUUGGCAAGGAUUAAUUUGGAGGCAGCUCAGAAAGCCAAACAUGUAGCUGCAUUCACAACAGCUGCCCAGUAUGCAGCCAGAGGGGUUGAUCUUCUUCCAGAAGACAGGUGGGAGACAAACAAGGACCUGACAUUAGAUCUGUUCACAGUGGCCGCUAUAACCGAAGAUAUGGCGGGCCUCCCAGAAUCUGUCAAUGCUCGAUAUGUAGAGGUUAAAGCAAGGGUUGAUAUUCCCUUAGCUGCCAAGUUGGAAAUAUAUGCUUCCCAAAUCAACUCAUUGUGUAAUAAAGCUGAUCAACAGGAUGUCGGAAUUGCCUUGACCUUGUCCAUCCUGGAACAACAAGGGAUCAAGUUUCCCAAGACUACGGCUGGAAGAAUUCUUUCCACCAUUACAAAUUUACGCAAGGUCAAGAAGAAGUGCAGUGAACUCACUGUGGCUGAUUUGGCAGAGCUUCCUGAAAUGGAUCCCGAGGAUGUUGGCAAAAUGAAGUUGUUGAACCAGCUGACCACAUUUUGCUAUGGUUCACCUAGGUAUGGCAUGAUCAUGCCACUUUCUAUUCUUGCUAUGGCCAGGCUCACAUUCAAGCGUGGGGUGUCAAUGUUCGCUCCACCAAACUUGGCAGGACUUGGACUGAUCUUCCUGGGCGUGAUGCAUGAUUAUCAGCUGGGUGGGAAAAUGGGGAUUCUUGCUAUGAACUUGCUGGAGCAAAGAAAAUAUGGUACCACUGCAUCCUUCACAAUCUUUUCGGUGUACAUAUUUUUGAGGAGCUGGCUUGAUCCUCUUAGCUCUUGCCAACCUUACUACAUGAAGGGUUACGAAUGUGGGCUACUCUUUGGCGAUACAGAGUUCUCUUCAUGGAACAUUUGGUCGUAUAUUGUUAGUGGCUUUCAGACGGGGCGGCCUCUGAACCUUCUUGAAAGUGACUGUCGGAUUUAUUCUGCUCAAGUACGUUCACAAAUAGCUGGGCAAAUCAGACCUUACUGGUUGGUCUUUGUUCGGCUGAUAGGCAAUGAAGAACAAACAGAUCCACUGUUGGGUGGCACAGAAGCAACGUUGAGUCUGACGGACCUUGUUGAGCAAGACAAAGGUAGUACAAAGAACCUUGACAUUGCUGUAUCAGCGCUGCAGAGCAGGCUUUAUGCAAUCUUUGGAGACCAUGAAGCAGGGGCAAAGCUUGCUUUAGAAAGAGGGGAUGGAUUCCAAAAGAAGAACCUAGGGCUACACGCGGUCAUGCCGGAAACGUUUGCCCGAGGGGUUUCACUUUAUGCCAUGGCUAUCCAGACAAAGAAUGCAACGUAUACACGGCAGGCAAAAAAGGUGCAUGCAACAAUCAAGAAAUGGAGGAAGGCAGGAAACCCAAAUGUUAUUGGCUAUGAAAAAAUCUUGGAUGCCGAAGAUGCUGUUCUGAGUGGAAAGUUUGAAACAGCGGAAUCGCUCUACCACUCUGCCAAAGCAAUUUCAUCCCGAAGUGGACUUGUCCAAGAUGCAGCUCUAGCUGCGGAGCGGUGUGGUGAGAUGCUACUUCGCCGAGAGUCACCUUCAGAUGCUGCACCAUUGCUGGAGGAAGCAGUAAAGCUUUACCUUGCUUGGGGGGCACAUGCAAAGGUUGCGCAACUCCUGCGAAAACAUUCCCGAAUUCUGAGUGGGCACAAAGUGCAAAGUGCUUUGAUUUGCAAGGGAUAA